GUUUUGGUUAAAUGUAAAAUGGCGGUUGGAGGAAAAUCAUAUAAUUGAAAUUAAAUUUACUAUCAAUUUAAUCAAUGCUUCUAAGAAUGGCAAGCGUUAGCCCAAAAAUAUUAAGAAAAGUUCCCACUUCCAGGAACGUGUCUAAAUCUUCUAAGGUUAGAGCCACUAGAAAGAGUAAAAGAACAAGUUCAGAACACGAAGUGUAUGAAAAAGCUAUUAAGCAGAAAAAAAAUGUAUAUAGAAAAGAGUAAAUUCAAUCUUGUAUUUCAAUAGAAAGAAUUAAGAAUCUUUUUUGUAGGAUAAAUCUUGUCCAGAAGAUUUUAUCAAAGUUUUAAAAGGAGUUUUUAAACAAAAUGGAGAAGCCAAAAAAAAAGAUUUUAUGCAAAAGUAUAUGAAAGAAAAAUUUCCCGUAUACGGAUUAUACGCACCAGAAAGACGUCAAUUGCAAAAAGAAUUCAUGAUCGAGCCCGAUGACAGAAAUGAAAUGUACGAAGUUCUUAAACUCUGUUGGAAUGACGACUACAGAGAAAUACAAUAUUUCGGUAUCGAUUAUGCAGUUAAAUUUCUAAAAAUAUUUAGUGGAGUAAAUGCCUCAGAGGGUGAGGAAUCUCUGAAGUUGUGCUAUUUUUUAAUUUCAACCAAAUCCUGGUGGGAUACUGUUGAUUUACUUUCAUCCAAAGUUGUCGGCCAUUUAGUUAAGACUUAUCCCAAUCUUCAACCAACGAUGGAUGAAUGGUGUGAAGACGAAAAUAUGUGGAUAAGAAGAGCGUCUAUAUUGUAUCAACUUAAUUAUAAUAAAAAUACUGACUCGGAAAUUCUAUUCAGGUACUGCAAAACGCUUGCUAAUGAGAAAGAUUUCUUUAUAAGAAAAGCCUUAGGCUGGGCAUUAAGGAACUAUGGACGAUUUCAAGGGAAAAUUGUUAAGAACUUUGUAACAGAAAAUCAAGAUAUUCUAUCUAAUUUAACGAUAAAAGAAGCCCUUAAGAAUAUCAAAUGAAAUAUUUUAUUGGCACUUAUUAAAUCAUUCAGUUUUUAAUACUUUAUCAAUUUUACGUAAAAAUAAACAAGUUACUUAACAACGCAGUAGAUUAACUUUUUAUGUAUACAGUAUUAGUGUGUAUUGCAGUUAUAUAAAAGCAACGAUAAAUAAACAAGGAAUAAAAACUUAAUGGAAGAUGAGUUAAAUAUAUUAAGGCAGAGUUAAUUGUGACUGUACCGGCCCAUAGUUUGCAAUUAACAAUUAAUUCCGGCUUUUAACUGACUAAUGUAACUUAAAAGGUGAAACUAAUAGAAAAACCUGUUUAAAAACUCUGUUCUAACCUUUCAAUAAGCACUUUGUAUAAUAUAGCUUAUUAACUGACUUUUUUUGAGAUAUUGAUAGCUUGUUUAGAGUCUAAUAGGAGGGUCGAUUCAUACAGAAUUAUUGACGCUUUAAAAAAAAUAGACUGGGAAAGAAAGCUCUUAUGAGAAAUUGAUAGGCCUUAGCAGACCUAUUCUUUAACUGACACUAAUCAGUAUUAUUAAUCUAGAUUAACCAACGGUACAAAAGACUUUAUCACUCGCAAGUAAUUCGAAAUGAAAAAUUUAUCAAAUAUACACAGUUUAUGUUGUGUUUAUACAUAAAACAUGCAUAUUUUAU